GCAGGCGUAAUAAUAGAGAAGGUGCCAGAAAGAUCCAAAACAAGUGGCUGCGGCCGUCGCCCGGGGAGUCCAUCGGACGCCGGAUUCCGGCCUUGGUUCUGAACUUGUUCCGCACCCCUCCCCCUCCCGGGAAUGGCGCAGUCCGGGUCGACCCCGGCCCCGAGCUGGGAGGAGGAUGAGUGUUUGGAUUACUACGGCAUGCUGUCGCUUCACCGUAUGUUCGAGGUUGUGGGCGGACAACUGACCGAAUGUGAGCUGGAGCUUCUGGCUUUCCUGUUGGAUGAGACCCCCGGCGCCGCCGGUGGGCUGGCCCGUGCUCGCAGCGGCCUAGAAUUGCUACUGGAGUUGGAGCGUCGUGGUCAGUGUGACGAGAGCAACCUGAGGCUGCUGGGCCAACUCCUGCGGGUGCUGGCCCGCCACGACCUGCUCCCGCACCUGGCCCGCAAGCGGCGGCGGCCAGUAUCUCCGGAGCGCUAUAACUAUGGCAGUUCCAGUUCUUCUUCUAAAAGGACUGAAGGUAGCUGCCGGCGUCGGCGGCAGUCAAGCAGUUCCUCAGAUUCUCAGCAGGACCAGUGGGACACAGGUUCCCCUCCAACCAAGCGCCAGCGGCGGAGUCGGGGCCGGCCAAGCAGCGGUGGUAGACGGCGGCGGAGAGGGGGCCCAGCGACCCCUCAGCUGCCGCAGGAGCCUGCCAGGCCUGCGUCAGAAGGCAAAGUGACCUGCGAUAUCCGGCUCCGAGUUCGAGCGGAAUAUUGUGAGCAUGGGCCAGCUUUGGAACAGGGUGUGGCAUCCAGGAGACCCCAGGCAUUGGCCCGGCAGCUGGAUGUGUUUGGGCAAGCCACCGCUGUGCUUCGUUCAAGGGACCUGGGCUCCGUGGUGUGUGACAUCAAGUUUUCAGAGCUCUCCUAUCUGGACGCCUUCUGGGGUGACUAUCUGAGUGGCGCCCUGCUGCAGGCCCUUCGGGGUGUGUUCCUGACUGAGGCCCUGCGGGAGGCCGUGGGCCGGGAGGCCGUGCGUCUGCUGGUCAGCGUGGACGAGGCUGACUAUGAGGCUGGCCGGCGCCGCCUGUUGCUGAUGGAGGAGGAAGGGGGGCGGCGCCCACCAGAAGCCUCCUGAUCCUGGGUCUGGCAGGAUUGACCCCCACCUCUGAGUCUCCAGCCUUCUCCCCUGGGGGAUGAGCAUCUCUGCCUCUAGGGGACAGCAGCUCUGAGGACUGCACAGCAUGGCAGGCCCCUUGACAGCCUAUGUGUCAGGAUGUGGGCUCUGAAGCCUAAACCACUUCCAGCCCAGUUUCCUUCCCAAACUCUCCCCACCCCCAGCUGUGAUCCCUCAGCCUCGGGGGCUCAGGCCUGCAGUCCUCCAAGGUGGAGAGGCAGAGCCACACACUCACCAAAGCCCCCUGUACAUCGAGGCUGUGGGCACAUAUGUGUGUGCGCGUGUAUACACACACACACACACAUACACACACACACACACACUUUGAAAUCAUCCCUGGGCCCCUCCCUGCUCCACACAACUUCUUUGGCCUAAGGGCUUUUCUCUCAGGAUCUCUGAUUUUACCAUAUCCAUCUGGGCCUCAGCUGGCCAAUGGGCCCUGGAGCUGGGGUUCCUGUGGGGCCUGCUCACCUUGUCCAUACAUCUAGCCAGCCAGGGUUCUGCCUGGCAUCCACACAGACCCAGCUCUCUUUACUUUCCUCAUCUUCCCCAGAGCCAGAUACACGUAUACUUGGACCCUUGACUCAAGAGUGUCACACAUAGGUUUUGUGGUAGCCUCACAUCAAGGUCUGCUGUUGUCUAUGGGGUCAGGGCCAGAACCAGCCGCCACCUUGUAAAGGGAAGGCAAAGACUUGGGGCUGAUGGGAGGAUGUCUAACAAAUGGCACCAAUAAAAUGACCCUGGAAAGGGCAUAGGUGGGCCCCAAGCCUC